UCUGGUCAAUUUAGUGAAGAUAUGACUCCUACAAUAGAACCUAGCUUGCGUAAAGUCACUAUGAGAUAUAUUAAUAUGCAAAUAUGGGAUAUAGGUGGACAACCACGUUUUCGUAGUUUGUGGGAACAGUAUUGCACGGGCGUAAAUGCAAUAGUAUUCGUAAUUGAUUCCGCCGAUCAUGAGAAAUUGGGAGCUGCACGAAUUGAAUUAGGUAGCCUUCUGGAAAAGCCACCACUCGCAAACAUUCCAGUCUUAGUCUUGGGUAAUAAAAAUGAUUUACCAGAAGCUUUACCCGUCGAGAAGAUUAUUGAUGAAAUGAAUUUAAAAUCCAUCACUAAUCGUGAAAUUUCUUGCUAUUCUUUUUCGGCAAAAAAUCAAGUAAAUCUUGAUUUCACUUUGGACUGGUUGACCGAGAAAAGCAAAAUUACCAGACGUUUCUGCUAG